UGAUAGAUAGCUUGCUCCAGCCCCAAUCUCACAAUAGCUUUUGCUUUGUUCACUAUAUGUGUGUUCCUUACGGUAAUGACAUUGCCGAAUUUUCGCCAAUCGCAACCAUCAUAAUUCUCGUUUCGUCUUUGGUUUCUGAAUGGACGUUACGGAAACAGGCAACGGAGCGAAGAAAAGCGGAGAAAGAGGGAAGAAAAAGACUCAAUGAAGAUGCUUCGAGAGAAGGAUCGAUAUAACCAAAGCCGGUACGAUAACGAUCCUGACCUUCGUAUCGCUAGGGAGCGGGACGCUGCUUCUGCAGCAACUUCUCUUCAAAGGCGGAGUAGUUUCAAUCAAGGUUACCCUACCCCUUCAUCUGUAGGUUUCCCUCCUACAGGAGCAAAUCCCGGUGGGUAUCCUCCUGGUUUCGCUACAUCUGACCGUCUCGGUUACGGUGGUGCUGGCGGAUAUCCCUCCUCCGUUAAUGCUCCUAGUCCUGGAAUGGGAUAUCAGAGAGAGCGCAAAUAUAGUGUGGGAGGUGGUCUGUCAGAGCAAUUCGCUGAUCUAGGUAUUGAUCAUGACGAUCGUUUACCUAAUGCCCCCCUCACUCGGCCUCGCAAAUACAGCACACACGAAGCUGUGGCUGAGCGUGCUCGAAGGAUGAGUGGCAAUUUCGGGGUUGAACGUCCGUCUAGUGCGUAUGGUAAUGCUCCUGGAGCUUAUCCCGUCCCCACAGCCAGUUCAAAUGCGGGAUUCCGUGCAGGUGUACCAUAUAGUAAUCCAUCCCCAGGACUUAGAUCCGUUGAGCCGUCGUACAUGCAAGCCCCGAGGCCUUCCUCUCCAUAUGCCACGUCUAAUUAUCCUCCAAUGUCUGCUUCACAAGAUCCUUAUGGUGCUCGAGCGGCUUCUCCUUAUCACCGGGCAGCCUCCCCAUUCGGUCGUUCAACCUCUCCCUUUGCUGCGGGAGGCGGAGACGUGUAUCCUCCCGGCCAUAUUAUGGAAGGAAGACCCAUCGGUUCCGGCGCACGAUCCCGAGCAACUACACCUAUACCUGGAAUGCCUCCUGGAAUGCCUGCUUCAGUGGCAUUCCCGUCUACCGCCGGCCCUUACCCUCAGCCUGGUAUGUCUAAUAAUAUGUCGCCUCAUAUGUCGCCGAUGAUGGCUGGUGUUCCAACUUCAGGAACACUAGCUGCACCGGAGUGCUUCUCCCGUCCGAUCAAUGCAGCUCAUCCAUAUACUCCUUUUGAACCGAUGAAAAUACAAGACAUGGAUCUUUUUCUUGAGUCAUUGCCUCGUAUGCCGAUUGUGCUCCAGACCCACGACGUUUAUAACGCGGACUGGACUCGCCUUAUGGAUGAUGUCAGGUUGGCAUGGGCAGGACGUCUGCCUACCCCUGGAACUUCGGUUAACGGAAGGCCACCCAAGAGAGCUACACUUGUAGCCAAGCUCAUAGAGUUAUGGAACCACUCCUUUUUUGAGCGUCGAGGCGUCGAGCUCGUUCUCUACAAAGGACGCGAACGACGAUCAGGCUCCCAAUAUGGAGCCUUUGAUAUACCGCAUGAUGAGUUCGAUGACGAUACCUCUUCUUCUUCCGAUUCCGAUUCCGGCUCAUCCGGGGAGGAUGAUCAACCUCCCACUGGAUUUUAUGGAGGCUAUCCUCCGGAGAUGCCGGACGCCCGACAGAGACGCCGUGCAGCUAAAGCUGAGAAAAGGAGGCGCAGGAAGGAAAAGAAAUAUCGCAGGAGACAGAGAGAAAAGAGAUAUUCGCUCUGGCUGACUCGUUUGCCACAAGGUGGACCAGGGGGAUACAUGUCUACAACUGGAUCAGUAACACCCAGUACUUUCCCUCCGCAUUCACCUGCCAUGCCUGGUUCCGCUUUCAGAGGCCCUUCACCAGGCCCUGGGUAUACAUCCAGCUACCCUGGAAUGAUGCAACAGGUUUGAGUACGUACAUGCAACUGAACAUUUAUUUUCUCCGUCAGUCGUGAAAGAUUUUUUUGUUUGCGUCAACAAUACUGGAAAUUUCCUUGAUACUCU